UGCGUGACGUAUGUGUACAUAAUUUGUCUGAUUGGAACACAUCGUCUGCGAAAGUGCACUCCACCUGUAUCCACCGUGCUCGGGUGUUUGCUCAGGUUGGGCGGAGGCACACGGUCUCGGUGUUUGGGGAGCGUGCUUAUCAGUCAGAGCGAUGGAGGGGGUGAAAGUGGAUCGGCGCUGAUCUCGACUAUUUUUGUGUGUUCCAGGACAGACGGCCAUGCCCCUCUUCAAGUCCAAGUCCCUCAUCAGGCUGCAGGAUGUGCCCAACAGUGAGAAUUCCGUCAGAGCCGAGAAAGCUGGACUUUUCCUGCCAGGUUCACCUGGAACUUAUCGAAAAAUCAGCGCCACUACCCAGCUGAUGAGUGCCAAAAAUAAGCGAAUGUCGGCUGGCAACACGCUAGCUAGCAAAAUGGCCGAUGCGGUUGCAACUACUGCUGUUAGCUGGCCGAAUGAUCAAGAUUCUUACGAAUUAGGAGAAGUUAUCGGUGUCGGAGCCACUGCGAUCGUACACAGUGCCCUCUGCAAAACUCGUAAAGAAAAAUGUGCCAUCAAGAGAAUCAACUUGGAGAAAUGGAAUACGAAUAUGGAUGAACUUUUGAAAGAAAUUCAAGCGAUGAGUGCCUGUAACCAUGAAAAUGUUGUAAGCUACUUCACUUCCUUUGUUGUGAAGGAGGAGCUUUGGCUUGUGAUAAAAUUGCUUUCCGGAGGUUCACUGCUAGACAUAAUUAAACAUAAGAUGAAGAUAGAGGAUUGCAAGCAUGGUGUGUUUGACGAGGCUACCGUUGCCACUGUACUGCGAGAAGUUCUGAAAGGAUUGGAAUACUUUCAUAAUAAUGGUCAAAUUCAUAGGGACAUAAAAGCUGGAAAUAUUUUGCUUGGAGAUGAUGGAACUGUGCAAAUUGCAGAUUUUGGUGUGAGCUCGUGGUUGGCGACAGGGGGAGACCUGUCGCGACAGAAAUCCAGGCACACCUUUGUCGGCACCCCUUGCUGGAUGGCCCCUGAAGUCAUGGAACAGGUGACUGGGUACGACUUUAAGGCGGACAUCUGGAGUUUCGGGAUCACGGCGAUAGAGCUGGUUACGGGUACAGCACCGUACCACAAGUACCCUCCCAUGAAGGUUUUAAUGUUAACGCUGCAAAAUGAUCCUCCGACGAUCGAUACCGUCGCGGAAGAGAAAGACCAGUACAAGAUUUAUGGGAAGACCAUCCGCAAGAUGAUAUCGGACUGCCUGCAAAAGGACCCCACCAAAAGACCUACUGCCUCUGAGCUUUUAAAGCAUCCUUUCUUUAAAAAAUCUAAGGAUCGUAAAUACCUUAUGCAAAUUCUAGUUUCUGCUGCCCCUAGUCUUGAAGCAAGAGCACAAAAAUUAAAAAAUACAAAAAGAGUUCCUGGUACCAGUGGGCGUUUGCAUCGAACGGAAGCAGGAGACUGGGUGUGGUCUUCCGACGAAGAGGGUGAUGAAAAAACUGACGAGGAGACGAGCGGUAAAGUUUCCGAUGCAUCUGCGGGCAUGAACGAGUUGAAGAUAUCCGAUAAUCAUCUUCCCAAUUCAGAACAGCCCAGUCUUCCCUCCAAUGCCGUUCCUUCUCCCGUCGAAUCAUCACCCCAAGAAGUUCCCACACCUGCGGCACCACCCCUGGCCGUGGAGGAAAAUUCGACAAUCGCAAAUGAAGCACCUAGUGUCCAUCUCAUCAACUUGGUUUUGAGGAUACGAAACCAAAAAAGGGAGUUAAAUGACAUAAGAUUUGAAUUUGUUCCUGAAAGAGAUACUGCUGAUGGUAUUGCUGCAGAGCUAGUAGGCGCUGGCUUAGUAGAUGGCAAGGAUAUAAUUGUUGUUGCCGCCAAUUUACAAAAACUAGUUGAUAAUUUAUCACUAAAGACUGCAGUAUUUGCCUUGAAUCCUGGCCCCAACCCCAGCGAGGUCCCUGACGAGAAAUCCCUGGUGGGCUUCGCACAGCUGUCCAUAGCCGCCGAGUAGCCCCCCCCCCCCCUUCACCGCUGCCUACUCCUCACCCCCCGUGUGGAAGAAACUCUGUGAAAGGACUUUACUAUACAUAUAUAUAUAGAUCAUUAUUUAUGAUAUGAAGAUUGCCAAUUUAAUAUAUAUUUUGGACUAUCUACAAUCUCGUGUCUGCGAGGACCGUGAUUU